AUGCCUGAUAUCUCCGCCGCAACUGUCGCUGCUACCUUCACGAGCACGUGGGUUGCCCGCUUCGGAGUGCCCUCCACUAUCACUACUGACCGUGGGCGGCAGUUUGAGUCGUGUCUAUUCAGCGCCCUCACCACCUUACUGGGAUCUCAACGCAUUCGGACCACUUCCUACCAUCCGGCGUCAAACGGCAUGGUGGAACGAUUCCAUCGACAACUCAAAGCCGCCCUCAAGGCACACCCCAACCCCACCUCUUGGACGGAAGUUCUUCCUGUCGUCCUGCUCGGCCUCCGUUCAGUCUUCAGUCUUCAGCGAACUACGUUUCCCGGCUCAAAGCCAUAUUUGACCAGCUUCGCCCAGCACCCCCCCCCCCCCCGUCAACCAUUUUCCUCCAGGCUUUACGUGCACGACGACCUGGAGACGUGCACACACGUUUUCGUACGCGUCGACGCUGUCCGAAAGCCACUACAGCCCCCUUAUACUGGUCCCUAUCAAGUCGUCAGCCGCACUUCCAAGUCCUUCUCCCUCAUCAUCAACGGCAAGCAAGAGCAAGUCUCCAUCGACCGAUUAAAGCCUGCAUACAUUGAGGCUCCUCCUGCUGACCUCACGGCUGCUCUGGUCUCCACCCCUCACUCCGUUUACCAGCCUGCCGUUCCCCGUUCAGCAAAAUCCGUCCACUGGGCCCCUGUCCUGGUGACGCACCGCUCUUGCGUUUCACCAACACGCUAA